CACGUUAUAUUUUACGUGGAAUCCCGUGGAAUCCAUUCCUACUGAUUUUAGGCAAACUGGUGUGGGUGAUCUGUUCUGCAGCCUGUAUUAUAUUUAGUACACCCCAUGGAAUUGGAAACAUCGGAAAAGUUUAUGGGGUCAAAUAGCCCUGUUGUUUCAGCUGACAACUCCCAAGAUAAAAAAAUUGAAAAAUCAGCACAUGUCAUUCCUCAAGAUGCUUCAAACGGCAAGGAUCAACAAGUAAAUGUUUCUCGAGCUAGCAGAAAGAAUAUUCCCGAUAAAGAAUCAUUUCAACGCAUUAACUAUCUCCUUCAGGCUUCACAGAUAAUAACUGCCCAGAGUCCAAGAGCUAGAAGUGUAGCAGCAUAUUACUGUUCAUUAAUACACAACAUAGCACAGAAAUCUUUAAUAAGGUUACAUCCAGAUGUUAAAAGGAUGAUGUGCAGAGGUUGCAAGUGUUUACUUUUUCCUGGAAUUAACGCUCAAGUGACUGUUAAAUCAAAACCAAUGAGCCAAGUUCUUUGGACAUGUUUCUUAUGUGGAACACUUAGAAGAUUACCUUCCAAACGUGGAUAUGAACUUUGGGUCCAAAAACCAGAAGCACUUAUAUGAAGUAAUGGAAAGCGUUAACUGCUGGAAUGAAUACAAGAAAUGUAUUGUAAACAUAAAAAAUAAGUAUGGGGGGGAAAAUAGUUAAUAAAAUGUACACAACCUAUAACUGAAAAUAUUUCAAAUUAUUUCCUUAUCAUUACAAUUUUUCUUAUUAACCAUGAAGUAACAUUUAUUAAGUAGUUUUGAUAUUCACCAACAUCAGGAAGAGUUCUCUACAAUGGACACGACUUCAAGACAAUGGAUUGAAAGUACACUUUGAGGCACUUGAUUAGCUGGGCAUGAAUUUCUACCUGGGAUGAAUUAAUACACAAGACUGUGCUUAGGGCAACUACUGCCUAGAAGCCCUCAGUUAUAUUAUUUACAAAAUUUAGUCUCAAAAAAAUCUAAAUUGACUUUGCGGUGCCAUAACCAAGAGGAAAGCUAUAAUUACUACAUGCGCUCCCUUCAAUAUUGAAAAGAACAAGGUCCUCAUAAAUUGCAUUAGAAAUUUGUGUAGUCAAAUGCUCUGGAGGAUUUUGAACUUUAGACCCUGAUUAUCCUUUCUCCUGAAUCUUUUAUAUUUUUAAUAUUAUUAAAAUCUAAAUUGUAAAGGUGUACCUCAAAAGGAAACCACAAAUCAUGUCCACAUGCAAUGAAUUCCGUGUGUGAUAUUGAUAAUUGACUAAAAAAUAUUCUUGAGUUUCUUCCAUUCAGAUUUUAUUAAUUAGUCGAGAAUGUUAUCUACAUCUUGUCGGUAAUGUACUAGGCUGAUGCCUGGAUGUAAGUUUUUAUUUCCUCUCAAUGCUUGUAUUUAAAAAAAUUGAAUUGUGAACUAUAUGACAUAGAAAUUUCAUGUAAGUAAACAGAAGAAAUUGAAUAUU